AUGAAUUCAUACAUCAGCGAAAGCAUUGAAAACCUCACAGUCGACAUAUCAUGUCGAUUCCACCAUCCUUUGCUUGAAGAUUUGCAUUGCGAACUGGUGUCGCAGAAUUUGAAUUUGAAGAACGAACAUUUGAAUCGGCUGUCUUUCUAUCGUUGCCCUCAACUGCACAUCCAGGGCAUCAAAUGCAUUUUGAAAAGGAUAUUCCAACUGAACAAGGAAAAACAGCUGGAGCUUGAAAUAUCCUCUGUUGAGUUGCGUGAUGAUGGACUCAAUGUUCUUGUUGAUGUCUUGUUUCAGCAAGAUGAAGGAGAACUGAAACGAGAACGCCAACUCACGAUAUCUUCCCUGGAGCUGGAGGAUAUUGGAUACGUGCUUCCAAAUACAUGGCAAAGAUUUCUUCCGAUGGCUCUUGAUAAUGCUUCGACGCUGGUGACUCUGGAUCUGACCCAUAACAAUUUAAAGUUUGACUCGGUGCAAACAAUCGCAAGGCUUUUGGAAACCAACACGUCUCUGAAGAACCUGAUCCUUUCCGAGAACCCCUUGAUCGGCGAUCGAGGUUCAUCAGCACUAUCCACAUCAUUGCGAAAAAAUGCAUCCCUCAAAGUUCUCUCCCUAGCUGUUUGCAAUGUAACGAACCAAGGAAUGGAUGCUCUCUAUAACUGCGUCCAUUCUUUCAACACAAGGCUAUCCCGAGUUUAUCUCUUUGGCAACCCGUACAAUGAUGGCUCGGAACAUAGAAAGCGACUAGACUACUGGCUUGAAUUAAAUGCUGCUGGACGUGGUACAAUGAGAUCAAGUGAAACUUGCGCGGCCGUGAUACCACACUUUUUGUCGAGAGCAUCCUCGUCAAACCAGGAGCGCCCCGACAUGGUCUACGGUCUAUUGCGACAGCUGCCUCAUUCAUGGAUUCCAGACUCGAGAUAG